GUGAAAACUGUUUAGGCUUCUAUCCCAAAUCGCUCCCUGUUAGAUAUCUAGUGUUGUACAGAGCGCGUUUAAACCACUGUGUCAUAGCCUAUGAAGUGCACUUAUCCAGGGCACAGGGAGCAGAUUUGGGACUAAUCCAGCAGCCCAGUCAAGUGCAGCUUGACUCCGUAGUGUCAAAGUCACAGAGCGCGAUUAUGGGGCCGUUUAGAAAAUGGAGAUAAUUUUUAGUGUUGUAAAUAAGGUUUUUCAGCUCUCCAGACUUUCUAGCGAAAAUAAUGUACGGAGGUCCAAAAAAAUGGAGGAGAAAGCUCUAGAAGUGUAUGAUGUUAUUCGCACCAUUCGGGAUCCAGAGAAGCCCAAUACUCUGGAAGAGCUGGACGUGGUGACUGAAAAAUGUGUGGAAGUUCAAGACCUAGGGGACGAUGAGUACCUCAUUAUUAUCAGGUUCUCCCCUACAGUGCCACACUGUUCUCUGGCCACACUGAUAGGUCUCUGCUUACAAGUGAAACUACAGCGAUGCCUUCCAUUUAAGCACAAGCUCGAAAUUUACCUUACUGAGGGAACACAUUCAACCGAAGAAGACAUUAACAAGCAGAUCAACGAUAAGGAGCGGGUAGCUGCAGCGAUGGAGAACCCUAACCUGCGGGAAAUAGUGGAGCAGUGUGUUAUUGAGUCUGAUGACUAAAGCUUCAUCUCACACAAUGUCCCAUACACAAUUUUGUUUAAAAAUUAUACUCACAAUACUUCUCUGUAUUUUUAGAAAUGUGCAGAAUAAUAAGUGAUGUGCUGAUUGGUAGUGAUCUGCUCUGUUGACUUUCUGUUCUCUGCAAGCAGCAGACAAGGCAACACUGAGAUCAAUAACAGAGCAAUAGCUCUGUGCUGUAGUGAUGGCUGCCCUUUAGAGAGUUCUUUAGGGAGUUAAGCCAGGCAGAAAAUAACUGAGAGAUUUUACGGCAGACUGAACUGUGGCUUGUCUAAUGUCCCAGGAGUGUUAAGACUCCAAUCAGGGUUGAGGAUAAAUCUGUACUUCUUGAAUUCCAAUUCAUUUACUUGUCUGUUUUUUUUUUAAAUAUAUAUUUUGUUAAGUAUAGUGGAAAACUACUAAAUUCCAGUCUGAGGAUGUCUCAGCAACAAUAAAAAAAAUAUGGAUGAGAAUUUGAGGUUUUUUUUUUAAUACAUUCUGUCCUAUUAUCAGUCGGCUAUCAAAGUAAACAUCCCAACCAGUCAGUUAUCAUCCUUAACCAUCAUCAGCCUUUAUUGUAUGAUGAGUAUUGAAAUUUCCCAGCCAUAAUUUUAUAUAGCUUGCUGUUACUGUCUGUGUACAUCCCAGCCAGAAAUUUCCUGUUAUUCAUGUCUUGGAUCAGCUCUCAUCUUUGAUUAUGUCUUCCUCUAGUUCUGAUUUUAUUAUCAAAUCAACUUCCUUAUUGAAGUCUGUUCAGCCUGUUUUAUAUAAUGUGUAAAUAUGUUUGUUACAGUAAAAAGUUUAACGGGUUUAAAGAAUAAAAGCAUAUUACAGCUUUUACAAA